AUGGACACCCCUUUUGACAGAACGCGGUUCAUCGAGACCUCUCCCUACAAAUUCCAGCUAGCUGGGCUGGUAAGCUGCUACGAAACGGGGGCUGCGCCGGCGUACGUGCCUGGGAUGACGUCAGCGUGCGUCCCAGGCGUGACGUCAGAAAUCAAGGGCUGUGCGGAGUGGGGCGCGACUGAGCGGAAGCGGAAAAGGGCCUCGGGGCAGAGUACCGGUCAGGUCCUCGCACAGAAUGUUAAUCUAGAGGAGAGUGGGGCGAGGCGGAAAGGCAGCGGUUUGCUCCCGGGGGGGGUCUCGGUCAGCAUAGAUUAUCACCCCCCCUCCCAAACACAGACGGUUGGGGUCACCGCCCCCGACCUGAGCCUAACCGAACUGGUAACCGAGCAUAUCCAGGGGCUCAUUGCGGCGCAGCAGAUGGAAUUCGCGCAGCAGGGGGAUGGGCUGUCCCUGGUAUUGACCCCCCCGCAGCUGGCCCGUCUCCAGGAGCAGCACAGCGAGAUGCGGUGCGCCCUGACGUUCCUGCACUCCCUCGCAACUGAAGGAUCCCCCGGGAAAAGCAUCCGCGCCCGGGGGAAAGAACCGGGGAAGCCUUCCGCGACCGGUUUGCGGCGGUCGUCGUCGGAGGCCGGGAGCAUAACCAAGGGGAGCGGAGGACCUCCGCCCGGGGCUAGCGCCCUGGGCGGAACCGAGGCCGUGCUGUUAGUUGAUAACCGGUCGGGGGAGGAGAUCCGGGGCGUGGCAACAGCGGCCCCAGCUAAGCGGAUCCGUUUCGGGGGGGUGGCACAGGUGGAGACAACACUGCCGAGGGACGGGGGAGUUCCGUUGAAUCACGAAGUAACGGGAUGGCAUGAAGCAUCCGGGGGGAUCGUCUGGGGGGAGUUACCUCAGGAGGGUAACACAGAUGCUGGCGGACUAACCGGGGCGGAGUUCCCGGGCGGUGUUUCUUCGCUGUCCUGCGAACCGGUUGCUUGCACCGGUUCGUAUAGGUGGCAGAGCUCCGACUCGUCGCUGCAGAGCGGGCAGAACGGGGGGGACUUCGGCUUGUGUCCCGAGCUGCCACGUGUCGGCAAGGGGUUCUUCGGGGAGGAUGAAUGGUCCGGAAACGUGGCGGAGGAACCGGAGCCGGUUCGCGGGUCCGGUUUGAGCAAACCGGUCCAACGAACCGGAACGGGUUUGGCGCGAACCUGGCCCUAA